UAACUCGCUGUGGAUGGGCCAUCUGUCCCCAUGCUGGCAGAGAGCUGUCAGUGACGCAGGCCCUGCAUCUCUGAGGCCUUCCAUUAAGGGCACAUUGUCACUAGGAAUGAUGGCAGAAGUCUCCCCAGAGACAGUCAGCCAGGACUUCAGAGCCAUCUCCACAAAAUGUGGCCUGGAACCUUCUCAAGACUUAAUUUUCUGGACAUGGAGAAUGAACUGUAGGUGAGGAGAAGUUUCGGAUCCAUGAAUUUACCUCAGGGAAAGUUGCAGAUGAGGCUCUUCCAGCCAUGGUCGGGUAGCCCGGUCCUGAGGGCCUCUGCCCUGGCUGCCGCUGGAGUCCUGGGGGGGAGACGGCAGAGCUGGGUGUCGCACCCCAUGGGGCCGGUUACCUGCCGCAGAGACAGGACCUCAUGAUCAGAGGAGGCCGGUGUCCAGACCACACUGCCUCUGGGGAGCAAAGGACUGUGAACUGUUGGGGCCCCAACGGUACAGAGAGACCAAGCUGGGCGCUCGAGGUAGAAACUGCAACGUGUGCUCUUCUGACCCAAGACGCGCUCUGUGACCUUGCCACUGCAGCCACAGGAGGCCACCUUCGUCUGCGGUGGGCACCCUGCAUCUAUCUGGGCCUUCAUCCACCACACCGACCCUCUGGGGCUCCGUGGUGAAUGCUCCACCAUGUCUCAACCCCCAACGUCUCAGGUACUGAGGGGGCAUGGCAAUGAGGUAAUGAGGCCACCUACUAGCGGGUAGCAUGAGGGUCUUGGGACCUGUGGGGUUCCACUCGGAAAUUAGCGCCUGGGCAGGCGGCCCUGCACCCCGGGAGCUUAUUGCCACGGCACAGAAGCCUUGCUGCACUGCCAAGAGACUGCCCCAGCUCUGCCCAGCAGCGUCCUGUGUGCUUCAAACACCGCCAUCAUGAGCCACCAGGCAGCUCCGUGGGGUCAAGGCCUGAAACUCAACUGGAAGUUGCCUCGCAGGCUCCCUGAAGUCAGAGUCUGGUUCCUCUCCACUCCUCUGAACUGCGCUGACGAGAGCCUCCUAACACCUGCCUCUUCUACACAACAGUGGAGACUUCCCUUUGGAAGAUCCUAGAAGCACAGCAGGUCACCUGGAUGUCAGCAUGGCAGCCACGAACCUGGAGAACCAGUUGCAAAGUGCCCAGAAGAACCUCCUGUUCCUGCAGCGGGAGCAUGCGGGCACGCUGAGGGGGCUACACGCGGAGAUCAGGCGGCUGCAGCAGCACUGCACGGAUCUGACAUAUGAGUUGACACUGAAGAGUUCUGAGCCGACAGGAGACGGCUCUUCCAGAAGCGCUGAGCUGAAGAGACGAUGUGAGGACCUGGAGGCCCAGCUGAAGGCCAAGGAGGAUGAGAACAGGCAGCUGCUAGAGGAGCUGGGGCAGAAGAGCGCCCUGAUGGCGGUGCUGGAGAACACCCUCAAGGAGCGGGAGAAGAAGUACCUGGAGGAGCUGAAGGUGAAGAGCCACAAGCUGAGCCUGCUGUCGGCCGAGCUGGAGCAGCGCGCCAGCACCGUGGCAUACCUGACAGCGCAGCUGCACGCUGCCAAGAAGAGGCUCCUGAGCUCCAGUGGCACCUCAGACGCCAGCCCAGCUGGAGGCACCCCGCUGGCCAGCUACAAGCCCGCGCCCCCCAAGGACAAGCUGCCCGAGACACCGCGCCGCCGCAUGAAGAAGAGCCUCUCCACCCCGCUGCACCCCGAGUUCGAGGAGGUCUACAGACUGGGGGCCGAGAGCCGCAAACUCCUCCUGCGCGAGCCUGUGGACGCCAUGCCUGACCCCACCCCGUUCCUGCUGGCCCGGGAGGCGGCCGAGGUCCAGCUCAUCAAGGAGCGGCCGCUGGUCAUCCCGCCCAUUGCCUCGGACCGCGCGGCAGGCGGGCAGCACAGCCCAGCCCGCGAGAAGCCGCACAAGGCCCACGUCGGGGUGGCCCAUCGCAUCCACCAUGCCAGCCCCCCACAGCCCCAGCCAGAGGUGGAGACGCUGGCCGUGGACCAGGUGAACGGAGGCAAGGCAGUGCGGAAGCACUCAGGGACGGACAGAACUGUGUGACCGUGGCCCGCACUGUCCACGCACCAUGAGCGCCACAGGGAACCCCACCGCACCUUUUUCUUUACCUCCCACGCAUGCCAAAUUGUUUUCAGACCUGUCCACCAACUCUCCUGCUCCUCCUGCCCCACGCUGCAGACGCCACAAUACGACCGUGUCCUUGCUGCAGAAUGCAUAAUCUACUAACGCUGUGGCCACCACCCACGUGCCCAGCCGCUUGCUUCCAAGCCCACUCCGUGUCGUCCAGGCGCACUCGUGGACAGGCACCGGCCACAGGAUGCACACUGCGCCACGUCCUCGGAGCAGACGGGCACGCGCCUGAGUGUACAGCCAGCCACGCACAGCGACCUCAACCACCCUCCAGGGCAGCCCGUGGAGCAGCCGCUCCCUCUGGAGACCCCGCACCUCCCUCCUCCUCCCCCGGGUGGCACUCGUCACCGAGCAGCUGUAUGUAGAUGUCCAAAGGAACUAAAUAAGAUGACGUUGCUCUUCAUGUCACCACAACCUGAAUGUGUGUUCAUAUUUUUUGUUAGUCUUACCCAAAAUGUUCCAGAUCCCAACAAACUUUAUUUUCUAAACCUGC